AGAGGCACCGUUGUCCUCAGGCCUGGGGAGUGCCCUAGGACAGCUGUCCACUCUCCUCUUUUAGGCAAAGCUGCCCAGGGCUUUGAGAGUUCCAGGGAGUAAAGGCUGGAGGGAGGGGAACCAGACAGAGGUGGCCAAUCCUGGCCUGGGCUCCUCCCUUUGUGCAAGGCUCGGUCAGGCGGGCUCCUCUCUGAAAAGUUGCAAACAAGUCCUCUUGUGCAGGAGGGGGAAGAACUGGAGAGAGGGAGAAGGAAGGAGGAGGGCGGUGAUUGAUUCUCCCUGGAAGUUCGCUCAUGGCCCAAGCUGACCUGCUGCCGGGCACUUGCGUCCAGGACAUCCAGUUGCAGUUCUGGACAGAGUCCCUGCAGGUGGUCCCUUCUCUCUUGGCUCCAGCAGUGACUCUGGGGGUGGCCUUGGGCAUCAGCUGUGCAGUUUUGCUUUGUGUCUACGUGAUCAAGCCUCUGCUCCAGAAAAAGAAAGAUUCCCAAAGUCUCCUCAAAAACUUGGAUGCUGAUGUACAUCUUUAUGAAACUGACUCACCACCAAGAGAGAAGAGAAAGGAAGACCAAACACCCACGGAAGAGGGAAUUCUUGGUGAAUAUGAGUCACCACUCAACAGUAACAUCACAGCAUUCGCAUUGAAGGCAAAAGUGGUCUAUCCCAUCAAUCAAAAAUUUAGGCCUCUUGCAGAUGGAUCGUCCAAUCCAUCUUUGCAUGAAAAUUCAAAACAGGCAAUUUUACCUAAUCAAAUGAUGGAAGUUUCUCCUUCAAGUAGUCUUGGAUCCCUCAGCCAGGGAGACAAAGAAGACUGCAGUUGUUCUACCAGCAUGCAUUCUGCCAUUAGUGAUGACAGAUUCCAUGAUAGAACCUUUCUUAAGGUGAAUUCUUUCCCAGAGGUGCUGACCUGUGAAAGUUUUGAUAUUAGCUUAUGUCUGCAUAGCCUUCACCUGAAAAGCCUGCUACUCUUAGACAAGGAAUUGAGGCAGGAAAAACACAUGAUGUUUAUCCAGAUCCUCAAAAUGUCCCUAACUGAUAUUCUUCCAAAGAAGAAAGCUGGUGAUGAUUUGUAUCAAAAGAUCAUUUCAAAACAAGAAGUGGAUUUGGAAGAAUUAGAAAAACAAAUUCAAUCCAAAUUAUCAAACACAGAAAUGGUGGGUGCUGGUAGCUCUGAAUAUUCCACACUGGAAGAUAUCGAAAGGAAAGAGAGGGAAUAUUCAGAACACAUAAUAGAUAAUAUGGAAGCCUUCUGGAAACAGAUGGAAAAAACCCAGCACUUUCUCCUAGACCAAUUGAAAUGUUUAAGUGCCAAAGCAGGGCAGAUAAUGCAGAAUCUAACUGAAAGAAUGAUUACAGCAGAAGAGUUAUUAAGUGCCUCUCAGGACUUGCAGACCCUGGACAUUCAAGAGAGAACAGUGGGUUGGGAAUAUAUGGCCAAAAUGAUCAACUCCUUAAAAUUACAAAUUCAGGAAGAGACCAAGUGUCGGCUGACUGUGAUUUCUCGGGCACUGGAGUCAUUAACCGUUGUGGGGAAACUCUCAGUAAGACAGAAGGAAGAGCUGUUAACACAGUUGCACAAAGCUUUCUGGGAAGAAGUAGAGCAUCAUAAUAGUGAAUUUGUUCAGCGAGGUAAGGACCUAAUCAAGGCUUCUCUGGCUUGCCGGGAGGCGAUGAUCGAAAAGAUGACAUUGGCUCACAAAGAAGAGAGAGUAUGCCUCCUUGGAAAAACACAAAAGGUGACCAACCCUGAGGAGGUACUUAAGGCUUAUCAUGAAGUCCUGGAAAAGCAGAGAUUAACUCGUUAUGAUCUCGAAGAGGAGGAUGACUUUAAAACUACAGAAGCAGUCACUGAUCUGUGCCAGGAGCUAUAUAGCAGUAGCAUCCAAACCUUUGAAAAACUCAUGGAAGAAACAUUUCUUCAUACCCUCUUGGGGGUGACUGGCCUUUCCUUGGGAGAAUGCGAGCACUUGAAGCAAGACGUUCAACACAGUGGAGCCCUUGACUUGGAGAAGUCAGACCAAUUCCGAGAAAAGCAAUGGACACUUUUUCAAGAACUACUUGACAAAGAAAAACAGAGCCUGAAAGCAGGCACUAGAAAAAGAGUGUGUGUCUGUCCUAGAGAUAGGGCCAGUCUGGGCACCCGUGUUCCUCAGGGUCUACUCAUCCUGAUUGGAACCAACUUCUUUGACACCCUUGGUGCCACAGUAUCCUUAGCAAGGCCUUCAGCAUCUCCAAAGGAAUCUCGUAUCCUGGAAGAAGAAAGGAAAGUAAAAGAGGAAACUCAACAGACACGUUUAGAAUUCCAUCAGCAGUUCAUUGCGGAAGUACAGGAAUGUAUACGGUUUCUUCACCAACACAUGCAGCAGGUGAUUGGAGAGGCCUUGCUUGAGCAUGCACGGUGUGAUAUGGCCAAGAGCCGAGCCAAAGACAGAGAUGAUUUUAAGGGGACAUUGAUAGAAGCAGCUGUAGAAAGCGUAUAUGUGACCAGCAACAAUGUUAAUAGGCUCGUCCACAGUUACUAUCAACAAAUUGGGAAAAUCAUGCAGAGUCACGAAGAGAGAAAACUCCAGCAGCUCAAGGCAUUACAGGCUGAAAGGAUGGACAAUUACAAGCUUCAGAAGCAAACAGAAUUGAGUGACCAGUCACCGAGUAGAAACGCGUCAAGACCCACCUCUGAUGUGCCCAGCACUGUCCAUCAAAGGAUGUUGUCACAGCAGAAGAUGUUCUUGGCCCAGUUUGACGUGCAUCAGCAGAUUCGCUUGGCCUCCCUGAAACAGACAGCAGAAGCUAUGGAUCACCUGGGAGCCCAGCUUGAGACUCAGAUGAAGGAAGCUGAGCAGAUCUUCAUCACGGAACUGGCAGCAUUGUCUCGAGUGCCUCUCACCGAAAACAAACCAGCGGCAAACAAGAGAGGGCAGCCUGAGAAAUGUCUGAGGAACAAAAAGAAGAAGCCCUUGCCUCGAGAAGACGAUGAUCCUAGUCUGAAUGAAGAUGACCUUACCUCCAGGGGCCAGACUUCAGGAUCUUUCAGUAAAUUGCAGAAUCAGGGUGAAAGUGACAUUGGCGAACUAGAGAAAUCAAAGAAGAUCAGGAAAAAAAGAAGUAACUUGUAGUUACUUGCAGAGACAUCAAGUUGUCAGUGUCAAGACCACCGCUUAGAAAUCAGAAGAGCUGGCUGGGUGACGUAGGGCUUUGGUGUCCUCAUGUGUUAACCAUGGAAGAUGCUUGUGGAAUAUCCCUCACAUGGAGGACCAGGUUUGAUAAUGUGUAUGACAAAGGGUUUGUAAAAUUUCAAAGUAUUGUGUAAAGGGAAAUCAGUAUUGUUAUUUAGGACCAAAGAGAAUAAAAAAUAAAUGUCCAGAAAAGAAAAGUAAAGUUUCUUUCUCUUUAUGUAAAACAAGUGUUGCCUUUGCAAAUCCAUUAGUUCACUGCGCCAUCUUGGGCAAAUCAGCUACACUCCUCCUGUUGGUGCUCCUAGGUCUGAUGUUCUAUGUAAACUCCUUUCCCUUCUGACAUUGGAUGUUUUGUGUUGCUCUGUCCCUUCCAAGUCAAAAAUAGACUCAUUCUGUGAAAAUUAUGAUUUUAAAAAG